CUUCGAUUCCACCCUUUGCAGUCGCGUCUCUCGUUGAAGGAGAGCUCCAAAUCGCCUUCGUUGUCUUCGAUCUAAUCUCUAAGAAAUGGCUUCCUGCACUGCCCAGAUCGCGGUCGCCGCCGGCGUUCCGGCCCUUGCUGCCAGGAGCAAGAGCAUCAGAGCAUCGAGCUCUCAGGUUUCCUUCUCCGGAAGGAACAUGGUCAGCUGCGUGAGCAUCAGCAACCGCUCAUGGGAGUCGCAGACCAAGUUGGCCCGCGCCAACGCUAGGACCGUGUGCGCCGACACCAGCUUGGUGAUCAGUCUGAGCACCGGUGCAUUGCUUUUCCUCGGACGAUUCGUGUUGUUGCCAUUCCAGCGCAAGCAGGUUUCACAAGCAGGUCUUCCCCGCCAGAACGGAGUGACCCACUUCGAAGCCGGUGAUGCCCGCGCACAGGAGGUCUCCAGCUUGAUGAAGACCAACGACCCCGCUGGAUUCACCAUCGUCGACUUGUUGGCCUGGGGAGCUCUCGGUCACGCUGUUGGCUUCUUCAUCCUCGCCACCGCCAGCAACGGAUACGACCCCACCUUCUAAGAAAGCAAUGUAUUUGUUCAAUCAAUUUGUAGACAAGAAAUGCACUGUCGACUUCGUUGAGAUGUGGAAAGUGUAUUUUUCAGAAGUUUGUGAAAUAGUUAGUUGUUGCAAUCGAUCUGUGCCAUAGCGCUGUAAAGUCUCUUAAGUGAGGUGUAUCUUCAAAUUUAAUUUCUCUACCCUGUAUGGUGUAUAUCA